UGAAUUUUACCUAGCUGUGCGUUGUCAUCCAAAAGAUUUUUUUUUUAUGUGGUAAUGGAACUAGCUUUCAGUAUUUAUUUGUUAAGUAGACUAUUACAAACGAAUACAAAAGAAUAUGACUGAACAAGAAGUUUUGGCUGCUACACCAGUGCAAGAAGAUACAACAAAGGAAGACAGACCCAUUACAGUUUUCGAAGAUCCCAAAAACUACAACGUCAAACAUCCUCUUCAAAAUACCUGGACUUUAUGGUUCGAUAACCCUGGUAAAAAAGCUAGCGCUACAAACUGGUCUCAAAACUUGAAGGAAAUCGUUGAUGUCAAUACAGUCGAAGAUUUCUGGGGAGUUCAUAAUAAUAUUGUCAAAGUAAAUCAUCUUGAAAUCAGUUCCAACUAUCAUAUAUUUAAGAAGGGGGUACGACCUGAAUGGGAAGAUCCCGUUAAUGCCAGUGGUGGAAAAUUCAGUAUUCAGUUUCCCAGGAAUAGAACAGGCGAGGCCAUUAAUGAUUACUGGCUUAAUUUGAUCCUUGCCAUGCUGGGCGAACAGUUUCAAUAUGAAGACGAGAUUUGUGGUGCAGUCGUAUCAGUGCGUAAAGUAUUUUACAGAGUAGCACUUUGGAUUAAGAGCUCAGAAAGAAAUGAAAAGAUUGAAACCAUUGGCCGUCAAUUAAAGGAAUUCUUAAAUCUGAACAGCAACUUAACAGUUGAAUUUACUCCUCAUAGUGAUUCGUCAAACAAGUCAGGUGAAAAUAGAUUCACUGUUUAGGAACUAUAUAUAUAUAUAUAUAUAUUUUCUUUUGAGUUAUGAUGAAGUCGCCAACCUGCCUAGAAAAGAAAGAAAAACGAAAACAGAUUCAAGGUAUCUGCUCUGUAUAUUAUCUUCAUUUAAAAACAGUUCAACUUCUCGAUAAAGCUCGCUAACAUUAUGAUAAACCGCAACCAAAUAAAGAAAAUGCAUAUUCGUAAGCUUUUUAUUUUUGGAAUAAUGACAAUAUAGAAUUAUUAUGGCUAGUAUUAUCUAUCAUUAACUCUCGG